AUGUCUUUCCCCAACACACACGGCAGCCCCUCAUAUCCUACCUCGCGCUCCCCUUCGGAAAAGUACUGGCAGGCCAGUCGCAGCCCCGGGACCAACGGUCUAGGGGGUUACGGGUUCUCUCAACCGACUGGGGUUACGAACAACUUGAAUAAUUUCUUUUCCGGCGACCGCAGUCUACCCAUGUACAAGGACAAACCAUACUUUGCGCCGCGGCGUACAGGUCCAAGAUUUAGACGGAGGAGGGUUUUCCAAGGCAUACUUCUUGCACUUGGUCUGUUCAGUCUGUGGUAUCUCGUCACUGGGCCCAGUGAUACCUACCGGUCUCCUUGGACGCCUGAUACAGUCAAAGGGGAGGAGCUAUGGAGGUGGGUGCAGAGCCUGGACUCGGAACAGCCUUAUGACGGCACUCCGUUGAGGAAUGUCGAUUGGGACGCGCGACGGGAGAAGGUCCGAAAUGCCUUCAUUGUCAGCUGGGAUGGCUAUGAACAGUAUGCCUGGGGCUUCGAUGAGUAUAAUCCGGUCACUAAGAAAGGCAAGAACAUGGUUAAGGGUGGAAUGGGGUGGCAAAUUGUGGAUGCGCUGGACACUUUGAUGAUCAUGAACUUGACGUCCCGUGUACAGCAUGCGCGAACAUGGAUACACAACUCGCUGCAAUAUGACCAGGACCAUGACGUGAACACCUUUGAAACGACGAUACGCAUGCUCGGUGGCCUUCUUUCCGCCCACUAUCUCUCGACAGAGUAUCCGAACCUGGCCCCCAUUUUUGACGACGACGUCGGGUCCCCGGGUGAGGAUCUAUAUAUUGAAAAGGCUACCGAUCUCGCGGAGAGACUUCUGGGUGCUUUCGAUUCGGAAACUGGUAUCCCUUAUGCCAGUGUUAACCUCAAUACCUCUACUGGUAUUCCGUCGCAUUCAGACCGCGGCGCUUCGUCUACGGCCGAAGCCACUUCAGUGCAACUGGAGUUCAAGUACCUGGCCAAGCUGACAGGAGAGGCUGAGUACUGGCGCAUUGUGGAGAAGGUAAUGCAAGUGGUUGAAGCCAAUCAAGCCCCAGACGGCCUUCUCCCUAUCUAUAUUUACCCAGAUACGGGCACCUUUAGGGGAGCUAACAUCCGCCUUGGUAGUAGAGGCGACUCCUAUUAUGAGUAUCUUCUUAAGCAAUACCUUCAAACGUCAGAGGAGAUCUACAAAGACAUGUGGGACGAGGCCCUCAUAGGAAUCCGCAAACACCUCAUCACGUAUUCAAAGAACGCCAAAUUGACGAUUCUGGGCGAGCGACAGGCUGGACUUGAUGGUCCUCUGGUCCCCAAAAUGGAUCAUCUCGCCUGCUUCCUCCCAGGAACAAUCGCUCUUGGGGCCACAGAAGGCAUCUCCCUCUCCGAAGCCAAAAAGUCUCCCAACUGGACCCGCCGCAAGGACGAGGAAAUUCUUCUCGCCAAAGAGCUCAUGAAAACCUGCUGGGCGACAUACCUGGCGACUCGCACCGGACUUGCCCCAGAAAUCACCUACUUCGAUAUCGACACCCCGUACAUCUCAGAGCUAGAGCGUUACCCCGACUCCACGCUAGCUGUGGGCAACUCAAACAAGAAGCCCGCGGACAAGGACCUCCCGCUCAAAUCUCAAGCGCUGUACCCUCUCGCAGACUCAAAAUCAGACCCCGAUUCCUGGCGCGGUGACAUCAUUAUCCGCACCCAGGACAGACACAACCUCCAGCGUCCGGAAACCAUUGAGUCGCUCCUUUACAUGUACCGCAUCACAGGCGACGAAACAUACCGCCACUGGGGAUGGGAGAUGUUCAAGUCCUUUAUAAAGCACACCGCAAUCAUCGAGAAGUCGUCUCACUACGAGACCGAGUCCGGCGACGCAACGACAUACCGCAUCGUCAGCUUUACCUCGUUGUCGAACGUGAACACCGUCCCGCCGACUCAUCGCGAUAACAUGGAGAGCUUCUGGAUGUCCGAAACGCUGAAGUACUUUUACCUGCUCUUUUCGGACCGUGAUUUCAUCUCACUCGAGGACAAUGUGUUCAACACCGAGGCGCAUCCGAUCCCGAAGUUUAAGCCUACUGGGGAGUUGACUACGGGUUGGACGAGGAGUGAGAGGGUACCUGGAUCUGUACCUGUGUGA